AGGAGGGAAGGCGGCGGCAGGGCGUCACGGGAGCCCGCGCCGCUAUAAAAGGGCCGGGUGCGGCGGAGCGGCGCAUCCCUCUCGCCCGCAGCCACAGCGGCAGGAGCAGCACCAGCAUCGCGGCGGGACAGCAUCAGAUGGGCAUGGGGACGGCGCUGGCGGCGCGGCUCGGCCUGGGGCUGCUGCUCCUUGCCCUCCUCCUUCCCACGCAGAUCUACUGUGGUCCCAAUGGAACAAGUCCAACACCUUCAAACAAUUCUUCAGCAAGUUCCACUUCUCUGUCAGCUGUCACAAAUUCAGUGAACAAUACCACCACUCACGGACAUGGAAAUUCUCUUCACUCAACCACAAGCCUUUUUUUCAUUCUCUCCGUUUCUCUUCUGUAUUUUUGCUGUUAAGAGACUCUGGCAUGGAAAUGGCUACUACUCCCCACCCCGUUUCCUGAGCCGCCUGAGAUGGCUAGAUCUCCAACCCAGCAUGAGAAGAAAUCAAUCCAAACUCCACAUCAAACCAGCUUGGUUCCACUCCAUACUCAAAUUAGUACCAGUCUGACCUAGAGAAACACUCAGUAUUCUGACUUUCAAAGCUCACCAAUGUGAAAAGAUCAGCUUCAGCAAGGAGGUAAAAUUAUGAGCUCUUUCACCAAAUGAGUUGGAAUCUGAAAAACAAGAUGGGAACAAAAAGAGACAGUACUGACAAACCAAAUUUAAAGCUGAGAAGAAAUACAGUAUCUUAUAAUCAGGAUGGAUAAUAAUACUCCAUGAAGAAAAAAGGCUAGAGAGUUUAUCUACCAUUUAGAAUAAGGACUUCAAGAGUUUUUAUGUUUUGUUUAAGUUCAGAAACAUCAACAGGCUCACAGAAUCUCUAGAAAACACAGAAAAGCUCAAAUAAUUGUUUCUUACACAGCCUGUGUGGUUAUAACUUAUGGGUAUUAGGAUGUAUGAAAAAGAAACAACAUCAGUGAAAAGGGUUUCUUCUAGAUUUCAUUUGUAUUAAAUUGUUACAAGGCUAAAAUAGAAUAACAAAUUUUUUUGCAAGAAUCCUCUUAUUUAACCCCUGAUUCCUAAUGAAAUGCUUAGCCAGGCAGGGCUAGUUUUGAAAUAGCUAAAAUCCCACCAGUUUUCAUAAGAGUGGAAUUAUUUAUGGUGGGGAAUUUGAAUUUGACAUUUUAUUUAAAUUGUUUGUAUAUUAAACCAUAUGUGCCAGAGAAAGGAGGUGUGGAAACAUUAGAAAAAGUACCAGGAGCUUUUUGUAAAUGAAAUUCAGAAAGAACAAACAAAAAAGUCAAUGGAUGUAUGUCUCCUAUUUCCUUUAUUUCUCCUCCCAAGUUGUAUAAGCUUUUUGCUCCUGGAACUUUCCUCAGUUAUGAAGGAUUUAUGAAAUCUUAUGAGUAAUGUUAUAGUGUUGCUUUUUUUUUCUUUUUAUUUUUUUUUCUUUUUGGCACAAGGUGAAUAACUUACUGUUUUUUGAAGAGUUUUAAUUGUGAUAGUCUACUUUAAACCUGGGCUAAUAUUUGUGGUGGGGAGAAGGAAUGGGGAGAGGAGAGCAAACCGCCAAAAAAAAAAAAAAGAAAUUAAAUGAACAGGUGUUUGGAAUAUGAAGACUGGAGUCUUGAUUUAAUCACUGAAUUUAAAAAUUACCUAUGUAAAUACUACUUUUUAAAAAUUUUUUCUGAAUCAAAAUUGCUACACUUGCACAGAUUGUUUCUGUAUCAUCCAACACUUUAGAAAAUACUAUCUGGUACUUGAUCUUAGCAAGCUUUGUUGAGGAGGUUGAACUACCUUGAUGAUGAUACCUUGUCAGAAAAAAAUUAACUAUGUUGAUAUGAUCACAUGUGAAUGUACAUGAUCAUACCACUGUCUGUAGAUAUUUAUCUCAGUAUAAGAUCAUGUCAAACAUGAGUGGCUCUCUAAUUUUUUUUUAAUACACAUCUGUCUUUCAGUUAUAUUACCACCAAUUCACAGUAUCAUUCAUAUAUUAGUAGCAAGCUAACACAAAUUCAUGUCAGUGAGCGUACAUGGACAAUUCCUUAUGCUUAUCAUUUGUAUCCAGUAAAGUGUUAAUGAUUGUAUUUUGUGUUUGUGUAAUAAUGCUUUGAUUUAUUAGCUACUGAUUUUCAUGGAAAAAACCUGUAAAUAAAACAGUGGGCAGGCAAUGCAUUCUAGAUGCACUUCCAGACACUUCUACAAAAACUUGUACCUUGCCUGUGUUAAGUGAAUGAACUGUUAAGCAAGAUGGUAUAUGUGAUUAAAAACCUCAAGGUCUAGAAA